UAUUUAAAGUUCAAAGAGACACUGGAUAACAAUAACAAAGAGGUAAGCGUGGCCUUGACCAGCCCAUCCAACAACAGGAAGAAUGGCUGAAAAAGCAGAGUCUACAUUCUCAAACCUUCUGGUCCCUAUUCUGCUCUUGAUUGGCUGGAUUGUGGGAUGCAUCGUAAUGGUUUAUGUUGUCUUCUCUUAGUCUUCUCUUAGAAAGACAAGAAGACUUCAGAUUCACACCAUUUAGAAGAAUUAAGAAGAGCAUGAAGAUGACAGAUUAUUAAAUGUUUCUCAUGUAAAUAACUGCAAUGUUUGACAUCAGUGUAUAAACUUGCAUUUGUAAACUGGUACCUUGGUAGACAGAAGAAUCUCUUCAGAAACAUGUUUAAAAUUCUGGGUACAAAGAAGAACGAUAGAAUUUAUUUGAUGAUUUUCUCUAUAACCUGGGAGUAGGAAAAAUAUUCCUAACUAUGACUUAAAAUGUAUAAGCAAUAGGAAAAAUUUGGUAAAAUUAAAAUUUUUGGCCAGCCCUCCAAAAACAGAAAAAAUGAGCUAGAGAUAAGAAGAUAUAGUUCACAGAAAACAAAAUGUAAAUGUAAACUUAAUCCUUAACCUCUUAUGAUAAGAGAACUGCAAUUAAUACCACACUGAAAGAACAUUAUUCACCUGUCAGAUGGGAAAAAAUGAAGAUAUUUUACAAUAUAUGUAUUGGUAAGGCUGCGGGGAAAUAAGCACUCUCACAUACUGUCUUUAGAAAUUCAAAAUGAUACAACAUUUUUAGGGGUGUUUGGCAAUCAAAGUACCAAAAUUACAUAUGUAUUUAACUUUUGACACGGCUAUCCCUCUUCUAAGAAUAUUGACAUUUUCACAGGUACACUGGUAAAAAUACAAAAUGGUAUAUGUACAAGUCUAUUCAUUAUGGCAUAACCUGUUAGAGCAAAGCCCUGGAAAAAGCCAAAUGUCUGUUAAUAGAAAAUUAACUGAAUAAACUGUGGUCUAUCUACAUAAUAUGGCACCUAAGCAGCUGUAAAAAGGAAUGAAUGAAGGGGGUCUCUAUAUACUGAUGUGAUGUCAUCUCUAGGGCAAAGUAUUAAGUGAAAAAAACAGGUACAGAACAAUGUACGCUAUCUUUUGUGUAAAAACAGAGGGGCUGUACCAACAUGCACACACACCUGCUUGUAUUAAAAUACUGGAACAGAGGAGCCAC